CUCAUUGGUUUCCUUAAAACAGUGCAUUAUGUGGAAACAAUUGUUGUAGAAUCUAGUAAUUUAGAAGAGCUGUUCUCAUGUGAAGGAUUUACAUUGGUGAAAAAUUUAAAGCUAUUCAUUGUUGAUAAUUUGAAGCAGAUAUGGGACCAAGACUUUAGACUGAAACUAAUUCUUCAGCAUCUUGAGACUCUGAGUGUAAAACAUUGUCACAGUUUGAUCAACAUAGUAACAUCGUUGUCAUCUUUCCUAAAUCUAGCAACUCUUGAAGUGAGUUCCUGUGAAGGAUUGGUAAACUUGAUAACAGUGUCUACAGCCAAGACUAUAGUGCAACUAACCAAAAUGACAGUACAUCAUUGCAAUAAGAUGACAGAAAUAGUGACAAGCGAUGGAGUUGAUCAUACAGAGGAUGAGAUUAUUUUCAGCAAAUUGCAAAUUUUGGAACUUACUCAUCUGUCUAGUCUUAUCAGCUUUUGCUCAGGGAAUCACGCCAUCAAUUUCCCAUCUUUAGAAAAUGUUAAAGUUAAUGGAUGCUUACAGAUGAAGAUUUUCUCUUUCGGAGUUCUAAACACACCAAAGUUGCGAGGAAUAGAAUUGGCAAAUCAACAGCACUGGGAGGGAAACCUUAAUGCAACCAUAGCAGCCAACCAAUUGAAGGUUCGCCCAUAUUUUCAAGCAUCUAAAUUCCCUGCGCUCUGGCAUGGUGGAAUCCAAGGGAGACUCUUCUACAAUGUAAAAUCGCUUACGGUGGAUAAAUGUGCAAUUUCCGAUAUACCUGUAUUAGCCAAUCUACUGCCUUUCUUAAACAAGUAGGAACAGCUUCAAGUAGAAUACUGUGAUUCAGCAGAAAUAGUAUUUGAUUUGGAAGGUCUAUCUGCUGAUGAUGGGCACAUUGGGCUACUUCCCCAACUAAGUGAAUUGCACUUAACAAAUCUGCCAAUGUUGAGACAUUUAUGGAACAAGGAUCCUUUGGGAAUUUUAGAAUUCAAUAACCUAAGGUUGCUUCAUGUUGAAAAUUGUAACAGCUUGAAGAAUAUAUUUACUUGGUCGACAGCGUUGUGUCUCAUGCAACUUCAAGAGAUUAAGUUAAACAAUUGUAACAUGAUUGAAGAAAUUAUAGAAAAGGAGGGACCUGAGGAAGCAACUUCUUUUGCUGAUAAGAUGAUACUUCCUUCAUUGAAAUUCGUAGACCUUGAAUGUUUGCCUAAAUUUUCAAGUUUCUAUUCGGGAUCGAGUAAUUUGGAAUGUCCAUCAUUGAAAAAGUUGAGCAUAUAUGGAUGUCCAAGCAUGAAGAAUGUCUUUGGCACACUCGUGAGAUUACAUAGACCCAACACCAACGAUGAAGGGAGCGAGCAAAGGCUAGACAAUGAAGGGUUUGAUACUCCCCUUGCAACAC